GGUUUAUCGUCCGCAAUGAUCAAAAAACUAGGGUUGAUCUUGUUGGUGUCUCUGGUGGUGUAUCCAGUGCUCUGUAGAGCAGACGAUUCCGGCGUGGAGGUGGAGGUGGAGCGCGAGCAGCCGAUCGUAGAGGAGGCUUCUGGACCGGUGAAUGCCGAGAGUGACACGGUGUGGAGCGAGAGCGAUGAGUAUGGGUCCAACUACACGGCGGCGGACAAGUCGUCUUUGAAAGAGACCAAGUUUGCGUUUCAAGCGGAGAUCAACCGUUUGAUGAGCAUUUUGGUGAACUCGCUGUACAGCAAUCGCGACGUGUUUCUUCGAGAGCUGAUAUCUAACGCGUCGGACGCGCUGGACAAGCUUCGCUACAUGUUGUUGACGAAGGGGUCUGAGAGCGUCGACGAGAGUGGGAGUCUGAAGCCCCAGAUUCGCAUAUGGGUGGACAAGGAGAAGCGCCAGCUGAACAUUCUAGACACGGGGAUUGGCAUGUCGAAGGAGGAGUUAGAGAACAACUUGGGCAAGAUAGCCAAGUCCGGAACCAGCGAUUUCAUCCAGAAGUUGUCUCUCGGAGGGGAGAAUUUGGACAGUCAAAUCGGACAGUUCGGCGUCGGGUUUUACUCGGCGUUUUUGGUGGCGAAUUCGGUGACGGUGACCACCAAGUCGGACGGCCAUCCUCAAUACGUCUGGAGGUCGAGCGACGAGGAUUCGGGUUCUUACACGAUUGCGGAGGAUCCCAGAAAGGACACGUUGAAGCGAGGGACUCUGAUCACGCUAGACUUGAAGAAGGAUGCCAGCGCGUACAUGAGCGAGAGCAAAUUGCGCUCGUUGAUUCACCAGUACAGCGAGUUCAUCAACUUUCCCAUCUACCUGAGAAAUUCCAAGGUAGUGUCCGAGAAGAAGGACGAGGGAGAUGCGGGCGCCGAGAAGCCCGAGGAACCCGAGAAGCCCGAGGAACCCAAGGAAGAAGUCGACGAGGACAACGAGGACGAGGAGUUUGAGUCGAGCGUGGAAGUAGACGUAGCCGGAAAGAAGGUGAUGUAUUCGUGGGAGCUGGUCAACAACCAGAAGCCCAUAUGGACUCGCAGUCCUAGUCAAAUUUUGGAUGAAGAGUACGACGAGUUUUACAAGGUCUUGAACAAAAACGACACGAAAAAGCCUCUCAAACACAUUCAUUUUAUGGCGGAGGGAGACCACAUGUUCACCUGCCUACUGUACAUUCCCGCGUCGUCGCCGUUCAACGUGUUCGACCACUCGAUGAAGUACCACAAUUUGCGCCUUCAUGUCAAAAGAGUGUACAUCACCGACAGCUUUGACGACGUGCUCCCUCGCUACCUGGCGUUUCUGGUGGGGUUGGUGGACUCCGACAACAUGCCGCUGAACGUGUCCAGAGAGGUCUUGCAGAAGCAUAGGCUGAUGAACGUGAUUCGCCGAAAAAUUGUGAACAAGGUGCUCGCGACGAUCGAAGACGUGUUCGAGAAUGACCGAAAGUUGUACGACAAGUUCUACCUCGAGUACUCCGCGAAUCUGAAAUACGGUGUCGUGGAAGACAAGAAGAACUCGCAGCGCCUCAUGAAGCUCUUGCUGUUUAACAGCUACCGCCAUCCCAAGAAGCAGAUUACCCUGCAGCAGUACGUGAAAGAGAUGCCAGAAGAGCAGAAGUCCAUUUAUUACAUUGGCGGCGAGAGCAUGAAGACCAUCAAGGGCAGUCCGCUGAUCGAGCCGGCGACCAAGAAAGGAUAUGACGUUUUGUACCUGCCAUCGACAAUUGACGCGUACACAAUCGAAGUUUCCAAGUCCUUCCGCGCCGAGGACAACACCACGUACAAGUUCGUCGACAUGACCAAGGAGAGCGACUCCAUCUCUAAGGAAGACAAGGAGAUGCUGGAGAACCUCGAGAAGGGCGAGUACAAGCCCCUUCUGGACUUUUUCACGAGUGUCAUGAAGGAGCACCACAUCGGCUCGGUGAAGUUGACGAACCGCCUGCACACCACGCCCUGCGCCCUGAUCGCAUCCAGCAACAGCUACUCCGCCAACAUGGAGCGCAUCAUCAAGGCGCAGUACGCCGAGACGAUGACGCCCCUCGUUAUGAGGGCGCUCGGAAAGACUUUUGAAUUCAACAUCGAGCAUCCGAUCGUUCACGAGCUCUUGCGACUGGUGAAGGAGAACGAGACAAACACCGUUUCCGAAUGUCUGCGGCUGCUCUACGAAUCAGCCAUCAUUACCAGCGGGUACAGCAUCGAGCAGCCGAUUGAAUUCAGCCGUCGAUUGCACCGCCUGGUCGGACAGAACUUGCGCAUUCCUAUGGACUGGAGCGUCGAGGAGGUGGUGGAAGAGGAGAAGGACGACGAAGAGGACGAGUCGGCGCCAUACGACACGAUCGAUGCGGAUCAAGAAGACCAAGUUCAAGAAAAUGACGAAUUCGAACAGCCCGGAGAUGAGGAAUCUGAGCCGCGCGGAGACGACGAAUCUGAACAGCCCAAAGGUGACGGGUCUGAACAGCACGGGGACAACGAGUCUGAACUACAAGAAGGCGAAUUCACCCAGGACGAUGAGGUCAGCCCGCAAUCACAUGAGAAUGGGGAUGUUCUAUUGACGGAGGAGCAGACGAACGAUGAAUACAGCGACGAGCUAUAAAGCACCCUAAAAAAAAGUUUCUUGAUACAAAAA